GGCGAUGAAUGCGUUGAGCGGGCGUUUGGCGACGAGUGGAUACAAAUACGUGAAUGCGUUACUGACGGCGACGAGUACUUCGCCAAACAGAAAGAUAAGGUGUCGUCUCUCGCGCCUCCUCUCCGAUACACGCCAUGGAUUGUCAUCGAAAGAAAACACAGCAAAGCGUCUGAAGUGCACUUAACCCGCGCUGUUUGCGACUCAUUUGAAAGCAAAUGGAAGCCGUGGGCGUGUUAUGCACCACCACCCGCCCUCCCAAAGCCUACCGUCGAAAUACAUUACGAGCCUCUGAACACUGAGUCUCAAAGCUUUAUUGUCGCCCAAUUAAAUCAUCUGAAGACACACGUCGAUGAGAUCAUCACUUUAGAUAUUGUUCCGUUCGGUAGAACCGUUAAGAACAGCGACAAUACCUUCCAGUGUCCCAACGAUGAGGAAUGCCAUACGUUUAAGCAUCAUGCGUGUGUUAUAACUCUAUUUAUGGAGAGUAAACCCGUGGAGACAUUAAAUUUCUUGGUCUGCGUUUUUGGUUCCGAUAUGACAAAUGUGCCGAAAGUGACCGAAAACUGUGCCAAUGAAUACUUUACCGAUCCGUGGGUUGAUAUUGACACCUGUGCUAAGAGUAAAGGCGACCAAAUUCUUCAAACUUACGCCGAGAGAGUGGAGAACUUAAAUCCUAAGUUAUCGCACAUCCCAUGGAUUUUAGUGAAUGGAGAACACGAUUUAGAAGCGGAAGACAAUCUGAUACAAGAAAUAUGUGAAAUUUUCUAUGCGACUGAUAAGCCGUCUCAAUGUAUUCCCGAAUUGAUAACCGUUUCCGUGAAUUACCAAAACAUGGAGACAUCGGUCGCCAAUUUUGUGGCGAAUCAACUCAAACCAUAUCAUCCAUACUUUGAAGAAUUAGCGGCACUUGAUUUUGUUCCCUUCGGUCUCACACAACGAGACGGCACUGGCUUUAAAUGUCCUCAAAACGAAGUCCAGUGUAACGCAAACAAAGUUCACGCGUGCGUUUUUCAUAAUUUUUGGGAUAAACUCGAUCAUUCAAAUGCCAUGGAUUUGGAUGAAAGCCGGUACCGAACGCUUGGAUUCUUAGUCUGUGUGUUCGCCAAGAACUCAGCGAAUCCUAUUGCAGAUGCGGAACAGUGUAUUGAACAGGAAAUCGGCGAUUAUUGGGCCGAUUUAAUCAAUCCGUGCGCCACCGGACCCGAUGGCAUCACAUUAUAUGAAGAAUUGGCUAAGAAAACAGAUGUAUUGAAUCCAAAAAUAUCCAAAGUGCCCUGGGUCACUAUUGACAAUACAUAUAAGAUCGAAGCGGAAACUAAUUUUGUGCAUUCCAUAUGUGAUUCAUAUCCGUUGGUUAAACCACCUGUCUGCUCCUCAAUUGGUAAAAUCUUGGUUAACAUUGGAUUAUACUAUUCAAGCGAUGAGACCACUCGUAAUUGGGUUAUCAAUGAAUUGAAACCCUUGUACGCGGAAUCUACUCCGACUCGUGCGGCACCGAGACUGCAGACAAUAUUGAGUUCAUUGUUUAUACCGUGGGGUCAGACCAUCUAUAAUGAAGCCGACGCUGAAAACCCAUUUACGUGUCCCAAAGAAAAUGAAUGCUUAGCCAACAGAAUACAUGCAUGUGCUAUCGACCAGUACUUGGAUAAACCGAGAGGAGUGCUACACAUCACUGAAUUUAUUAUCUGCUUCUAUAGUGAGCAAACCUGGAGUACAAACCCGGCGGAAGCGGGCAAUGUGUGCGCCAAUAAAGUUUGGGUAUUAGAAGCCUGGCCACAGAUCGUGUCCUGUGCCACAAUCAAUACACCCGACAAUAUCAACACUUAUCUCAAAAUGAAACAGAAAACCGAUUUAGCGAAGCCAACCAAACUGCCGUGGAUUACCAUUAAUAACGUGCAAAACAGUAACGCAGAGACCAAACUGUUGGAAACUGUUUGUGACAACUAUUCGGGUCUUAGACCUGAUAACUGUCCGACCAUUGGACCAACUGCUGAACCCACUCUACCAACUGGAGUGACAGGUGGACCAACAGAUCUGCCAACAACACCGCCAACAGCAGACACACCACUGCCAACACUACCGCCAACACAACCAGAGACAUCUCCGCCGACAUCUCCGCCGACGUCACCGCCAACUCCACCGAAUCCAACUGAUCCCUCGCCGACCCCCACAACUGACGGCGCUCUUACAAUCGCUAUGUCU